AUGUCGACUCUGGCCCCACCGGCGUCGGCGUCGACAACGCCCUCAACACCGUCAACGCUCUCAGCGCCGACACCCCCACAACCCUCUCACAGCAACGUUCCCGAAGUUGUCACCGUGACCUCCACCGCCCUACCCUCAGCCUCCACCGACACCCAGCCGACUCCCUCAGAGCCGCCAACAGAUACGAAGGGGAAGAAAACGGCCACGAAACCAAUCCUGGAGCUCCUACCCCCGUCACCGACCCAUCUGUCGUUCUCCGACCCAGACCCAGACCCAGAGUCCAGCGUCGAGGAGAGUGACGUAGACGCGCCCCGUCCGUCGCCCAUUUCGGAGUUGGUCCGGAUCUGUGCAGGCGGAGGAGCAGUCGACCGAGCAGAGAGCGUACGGUCUGCACGGAUAGAAGUCGAGACGGAGGACGGCACGAUUGUGCGCCCCAGCUCACGAUUCCUGGGCAUAGGCCUCAGCUCUCCGUUCGGGUCACCGAGCUCGCCGUCCAGCACGAGGUCAGCGGGCUCGAGCAGCGGCGGCCUACUCGGAUUUGGGAAGGGCGGAGGAGUCUGGAACUCGGGCAACGGCAGUGGAUCGGGGACAGGUGGAAGACUAUUGCGGCUGGCCUUGCCGUGGAAACGGAAAGACGUCACGGAGCCGAUUCGCGUGACGACGAGCCCGACGCCGAGCGCGCGCGAUGCCCCCUUCGCGAAGGAGGUGGAAGUGAAGGGAUGGCAGAUUGUGGGCGGGCGGAACUUUGACGACAAGGCCAGAGUCGGGGCAUAUGUUGUCUACGACAUAGAGCUGCAACUCCGGAACGGAUCGACCGUCACCAUUCUCCGUCGAUACACCGAGUUUGUACGGUUACGCAAAGAGCUGCAGGCUGCGUAUCCUCACCUCGGCCAAACCAUCCCUCCCUUACCGGGCAAGAACCACAUGCGCAAGUUCUCGCCCGAAUUUCUCGAGGACCGCCGCCCGCGCCUGCAGCGCUUCCUUAGGACGGUGGCGCUGCAUCCCGAGAUGGGCGCUGGUGGGGCUGAAUCCGUGUUUGGGCAGUGGGUGCUGGGAUACAAGGACUCGCCGGCCGAGUCGCGGCCGAGCGCGUCGAGUGCCACCACUGACCCGAGAGCCGCGAGCCAUGAGUAG